ACAGGACAAAGAAAGGAGGCAGAAAUAGGAAAAACAGUUGAAUUUGGGGGUAUAUAUGAUAAUAUGAGCUGAGGGAACCACUCAACCCACAGUCCUUUAUAAAGCCAUCUGUCUUCUUCAUUGCUGGAGCUUGAGAUCCUUCUGGAGGAAUAUCGGAGAGAAGAAAUGUUGGAAGGUAAGGCCUUGAUAGAGGACACAGACAUGCCUGUAAAGAUGCAGAUCCAAGCCAUGGCUUCUGCUUCUGAGGCUCUGGAUCUCUUUGAUGUCGUUGAUUGUAAAUCCAUCGCCGCCCAUAUCAAAAAGGAGUUUGAUACCAGAUUUGGGUGUGGAUGGCAGUGCGUGGUGGGUUCAAGUUUUGGGUGUUUCUUCACUCAUUCUCAGGGGACUUUCAUUUACUUCACACUUGAGACUCUCAAUUUCCUCGUCUUCAAAGGAGCUUCUUCACCUUCUUCCCCUUUCUGAAAAUGACCUAAGCUCGUGUGUGUCUCCUUGUAAAAAAAGGGUUUCAUCAAAUCGAACUACCUGAGAAAAAAGUGCAGUUCUUUUUGUUGCCUUUUCUUUCCCCUGGUGUUGGACUUGGAACUUGAAACUUGUGGUGAGGAAGAACUGAGAGAGAAAGAGAGCAGGAGCAGCAACUUUUCCUGUGAUCUGUUAAUGCUUUGAAGUUUCAAGUUUGAAAAGAAGUUGCAGUGUUCAUUUGUACAUAUAAAUAAAUGCUUAACCCAUUACAUACAUAUUCUCUUCU